CUGGGUCGGGUCAACUCUUUGGACAUGACGCCCAGCGUGUCUUGGGUCAAGAGAAGUCAUGAUUUUUUUUUUUUCUCUUUUUUCUUGGGGAGGCCGCGACCGCUAACUGGGAGAUUUAAGCUUACAAAUAUUAUAUCCAUGGGAAAUAAUACCGAAUCGAUUUUCUUCAUUGUGCCCGCUGUACUUACUGUUUUUCUUUGGUUCUGGUCGAUUUUUCCUGGUUGUCUCCAUCCAUUGCAUGUUUGCGUCAAAGACGACCGGUCUUGACUUGUUUAUUGCAUCCUGUCCCCGACUCAAUAUAUCACAUCUAAACUACCUAGGUAGACUAAGUACCUACUUUACCCCAUACUGAUUGAUAUUGGUACUGCACUGCAUAACCCACCAGCAUACGAGAAGGGCAUGCUUGCCGAACAUCCGGGCACUAUAUAAUCAAAUCCGAAGCCGCAGGCUGUCUACCGGUAGAGGCCUGUUUCCGGUCCCCUUCAUCUCUCCGGCACCAUAAUUUACAGCACGCCCGUUUUCUUACCUGUUGGCCGUUGAACGCCGAUUCCGCGAUCUCGGCCAGAAGUGGAGGGAGCGGCCCAAGCCGAGUCCACGCUACGACCAUCGUCCCAUCUCUUUUCCUGCCCAAACGAGCCGACACGAAAGCAGCCGCCCGCACAGAUCGACGAGACAGCGGGAGGGGCUGAACCCGAAGAGAGACGCAGUCCAGAAUGGCGCCCUCCGUUCUCGAAAACUCGACCGACGACCGCGUUAGCCUUAGCCAGGAUGGCUACGAAUGCUCCGACCGUCUCACAUUGCUCCGUAGCAACCCUGAAGCACCGACAGUAUGCCAGGUGUGCGUAGUCGGAGCUGGCCCAGCGGGCCUGAUGAUGGCCGCGAACCUUGCUCGGAUGGGCGUCAAGGUGCAGGUCAUUGAUGACAGGGCGGACCAGACACCAGUUGGAAGAGCCGAUGGUCUCCAACCGAAAACGCUCGAGACCUUUCGACAGAUGAGACUGGCAGACCCUCUACUCCAGAGGGGUGUCAAGGUCUACGACAUUGCCUUCUGGCGCGGAACUCCCGACGAGCCUUUACACAGGCUUGGCCGAGAGGUCCACUAUCCGCCCAUCAUCGACGUUCUCGAUCCGUACAUCUUGCUUGUGCAUCAGGGCAUGGUCGAGAGCCUGUUCAUAGAGGACAUGAAGAAGCGCGGGGUUGAGGUCCGCAGGAAUACGGCCUUUGAGUCCUACAGCGCUUGCGACAACAGCUUCGGCCCUUUGCAGAUCAACUGUCGAGCAAACGUGACGCAGGAUAGGAAAACCAUACUUGCAUCGUAUCUUGUUGGCUGCGAUGGCGCACAUUCCAAAGUUCGAAAGAGCAUACCAGAAGCAAGGCCUGUUGGUCUGUCUCAGCCCGCAGUGUGGGGUGUACUUGAUGGAGAGUUGGAAACCGACUUCCCAGACAUAUGGUCAAAAACGCUUGUCUACUCGCAGGAGCAUGGCUCCAUCCUCAUUAUUCCGCGGGAGCGCAACAUGACCCGCUUUUAUAUCGAGCUCAAGAGCUCACCAAAGUCUGACCGGCGCGAACUCGGCCAGGAGUUCGUGAUGCAGCGUGCCAGAGAGAUAAUGGCACCUUUCGAGGUUGGCUGGAAAUACAUUGAGUGGUUUGGACGAUACCAAAUCGGCCAGCGGGUGGCCAGCCGAUUCGCCGAUUGCCACAACAGGGCUUUCCUGGCCGGUGACGCCAGCCAUACACACUCCCCUAAGGCAGCACAAGGGAUGAACACGUCAAUGCACGACUCUUGGAACCUGGCCUGGAAGCUCAACCUUGCUGUCAGGGGUCUUGCCAAGCCUUGCCUGCUGGAGACCUAUGAGAACGAGAGGCGGAAGAUCGCACUGGAUCUUGUAAAUUUUGAUUACGAACAUGCGAAUCGCAUCGCAGGCGGCGACGCCGUGGCUCUUGCUGAGAACUUCAACACCAACGUUCGUUUCAUCUCGGGUGUCGGCGCAGAGUACAGCGAGAACCCGCUGAACAUGCCCGAAGACCAGGCUUGGGUGGGAGGUGAGGCCAAGCCGGGCUGCCUGCUGCCUCCCGCCAAGGUGACGCGAUACAUUGACCUGAAUCCCGUCGAUGUGCAACUCGACAUUCCCAUGUUGGGUCAGUUCCGCAUUUACCUGCUCAUGUGGGAUGUUCACCAGUCCAGGCCGUUCCUGGACAUGUUUUGCAAUGCCAUAGCUAGCAGGGACUCACUGGUGAGCCAAUUGUCGGCCGCCGCGAGCGCAUCAUACGCCCUGCAGCCCCGGUUACCAUCCCCCGAGGAUAUUUACUGGAGGCCAGAGAGAUAUACGGCCGUCAGCCACCUCUUCACAUUUAGCAUUAUCACAACAAUGCCCAGGAGCGACAUUGAAAUAACAGAUCUUCCCCCACUGCUCCAGGACAGCAGGUGGACUUUCUACCUGGACAACAUUCCAGACCAGGAUACACGAGGCAGCCUGUGCACCAACAAAUGGCUCGGCAGCCUCGGCCCGGGCGAGGUAGCCAUAGUCAACGUAAGGCCAGACGGCUACGUCGGCUCCGUCGACCGCUGGGACUCGAGCAUGGACGAUUCGGGAGAGGAGGCUGCCAAGUGGCUGGACAUGUACUAUGACAGAUUCUUGCAGGUGCCCCAGGUAGACAAGAAGAUGAAGGGCUGAAGCAUUAUGUAUUUUAAUUGGGAACGCAUUCAUGAAGUAUACGGGAUGAGGAGUUUUUUUUUUUUUUUUUUGGGAAACAUGAUGCUC